AUGUCGACCGCAAAGGUGGAAACUGGAGCCGCGAAGCAGGGCGUGGACCUGGACAACAUCCUCAUCGAGGAGGUGGGCCAGUUCGGCAGGUAUCAGAUCGUGACCCUGCUGCUGGCCGCGUUCCCCGUCAUCUUCUCCGCGUUCGCCUCCGGGGAGUACAUCUUCACCACCGCGAGGAUACCAACUAGAUGUUUCAUCCCGCGGUGCGACAACCCGGACCCCGUGUUUGAGCCCUCGUGGAUUCUCAACGCGGUGCCGGCGACCUCCAGUGGCUUCGAUAACUGCGCGAGGUUCGCCGACAGCUUGGUGGGCACGAACGCGACCGGCGUGUGCCCCGCCGAGUGGUUCGACCGAUACCGCACCCUGGACUGCGAGAGAUUCGUGUACGAGAACGAAGACACCGUUGUGCAUACCUUUGACAUGGCUUGCGACGAAUGGCGUCGGUCGCAAAUCGGCUCCAUCCGUACCAUUGGCACACUGCUGGUGCUGCCGAUUACUGGGUACAUAUCAGACCGCUGGGGCCGCCGCGUGGCGCUCACCAUAAACGCUUUCAACACGGGCUGGUUGGGUCUGGCCAGGUCCUUUGUCAACACUUACGAAUGGUUCCUCGCCCUCGAAGUCAUCGAGUCCACGGUGGGGGCCGGUGCAUACUCCUCGUGCUACAUUUUGGUAACGGAGCUAGUUGGACCAAAGUACCGAGUCAUAGCAGGAGCAACAAUAUCUACUAUGUUCGCCUUAGGGCAAGUCAUCCUUGGCUUCAUAGCCUGGGGAGUCCCUAAUUGGAGGACGCUCACACAAGUGCUAUACGCGCCGCAGCUGCUCGUCGUGAGUUACUUCUGGAUCUUGUCCGAGUCUGUCAGGUGGCUCAUGUCCAAAGGCAGAUACGAAGAGGCAGAGGCGAUCUUAAAGAAAGUGGCUAAGACUAAUAACAAAGAACUGUCCGAGAAGUCGUUGGCAGCUCUCAGAGCGACGGCAGAAUCCGAAAAGCUUGUUGAAAAGCCUAAAGAGACUUGGCUGCCGAUAUUGGUUGUCAGAUCUCGUGUCAUACUCUCCAGAUGCAUUGUAGCUCCAGUGUGGUGGGUGACCAACACGCUCGUGUAUUACGGGAUGUCGAUCAACGCCGUCAACUUGUCCGGGAACCGGCACCUCAACUAUGUGGCGGUAGCGGCAAUAGAGAUUCCUGGCUACUGGACAGCGAUUCUUCUCCUCGAUCGCAUAGGAAGAAAACCUGUGCUCAUUACAGCGUACUGGCUGUGUGCCGCCUGCCAGUUUGGCUUCGCCUUCUUACCUGAAGGCUACGAAGGUCUAUCGUUGGCACUGUACCUCAUCGGCAAGUACAGCAUAGCGGUGGUGAUGACGUCAGUGUACGUGUACACCGCGGAACUCUUCCCCACCAAGUACCGCCACAGCCUCUUCGCGUUCGCGUCGAUGGUGGGGCGGCUGGGGUCCAUCACUGCGCCCCUGACACCCGCCCUCGCGCUGGAAGUAUGGGAGAGUCUUCCUUCAGUCCUCUUCGGGAGCUUCGCCCUGCUUUCCGGAUUGCUGAUCUUCACGACGCCAGAGACCCUGGGCACGAAGCUGCCCGACACCAUGGAAGAAGCGGAACAGCUCAGCAAUAAGAAGCCCACCACAGAUCUU